AUGCAUUUCUCAAGCUUCAUCGUUUCCAUGGUGGCCGCUGGCGCCAUGGCCGCUCCCCACGGCAGCUGGGGCAACUCCAACAAGCACUACAAGGUCGUUACCGAGUAUGAGUACGUCACUCACUACGUGACCGCUGGAGGCAACGCUCCCCAGGCCACCUACGCUCCCGAGCAGCCCGCCGCCCCCGUCCAGGAGGAGCAGCCCGCUCCCGUCGUCGUCGUCAAGAAGCCCAAGCAGAACCCUGCUCCCCAGCCCACCUACGUCGCUGCCCCCGAGCCCGAGGAGGAGGAGCCCGUCACCACUCAGGAGGAAGCCCCUGCUGCCACUCAGCCCAGCUCCGACUCUGGCUCCGGAUCUUCCAACCUCGACGCUGAUCAGCAGAAGGCUCUCGACCUCCACAACGAGGCCCGCAAGGCUGUCGGUAACGAGCCUCUCUCUUGGGACGACUCUCUUGCCUCCGGUGCCCAGGAGUGGGCCGACCACCUUGCUCAGCUCGGCAGCCUCCAGCACUCUGGGGGUGACGAUGGCGAGAAUCUCUACAUGGGCAGCGGCUCCAACCCCUACGCUUCUGCUGUUGAGGCUUUCCUGAGCGAGAAGAGCCAGUACAACGGCGAGGCCAUCUCCGGCUCCAACUACAUGUCCUUCGGCCACUACACCCAGUGCGUCUGGAAGACCACCACCAAGGUCGGUAUGGCCGUCGCCAAGGACAGCUCCGGUGCCUCUUGGGUUGUCGCCCGUUACCAGAAGCCCGGUAACAUGAUCGGUGACAAGCCUUACUAA